AAAAAAUAAUGAAAAAGAUGAUGAUGAAAAUUCUAUUUCUUCAAAUAAUAUCAUUAAUGAAUCUUUGGAAAACAAAGAAACUAUUAAACUAGGUAAAAAAAUUCAAGAAAAUGAUUCUGAUAAAAUAUCAAUCAAAAAUAUUGAAUUUGAGGGAGAGGGUGAAGUUGAGAUCGAAAUCGAUUAUAAAAAGAUCAAAAUUAGCAGAGGAU